AUGGACUUGGACUUCUUGACCGCGAACGAAUCGCGUAUUGUGACAAUUGCUGGGCGAUCAUCGACAACUGUCGACAUUUCGUAUGCGCUCCAAAAGGAUCUCGCGGCUCUUGGGUUGAAUCCAUCCACUGCAGAUAAACAUGGCAAACAACCGAGCGAAUCGAAUGGUAUCCAAAACUGUGAGACAAAA